GGUAGGAAUUUGCUAAAUAAGUGGCCUAUAAAAGGAGCUGAACUCUGCUUAAUGAGCAGAGUGGGAGGGGCUGGUCUGGGAGGCAGGAUACAACUUCCAGAGAAGGACCUUCUGUGAGGUGGUGUGAUGGAUCCUGAGCGGCUCAUCCCAUGCCCCUAUGAUAAAAACCACCAGAUCCGAGCCUCCAGGUUCCCCUACCACUUGGUCAAAUGCGGAGAGAAUAACAAGAAAAGAGCCAAAGAGCUGGCCACGUGCCCCUACAAUGCUCGCCACAGAGUCCCAAAGCGAGAGCUCCAGCUGCACAUCUCCACCUGCACAGACAACAGGGCGCCAGAGCUGUUCAGUGCUAAUGACUGAUCCCAUGCUCAGGGAGAAGAAGUUGCUUAAGAUUGUCUUACGCAUCUUGGAAGAAAGGUCACAGGAUAGGAACAGCAUUGUCCGUCAGAUGGCUGUAAGAGGCCUGGGAAAUAUAGUCAAUGGGGCGCCUGUGAAGGU